CCCCCUCAUCCUGCCCUGGAUGAGUAGUGGUAUGGCCAAGACGCACACUGCGAUCGCGUAUUCACAAUAGAGCUCCGGCGUGGCAAAUGGCUAAAACCUACGAUUACCUCUUCAAGCUCUUGCUCAUAGGAGACAGCGGGGUUGGAAAGACGUGUCUUCUGUUCCGCUUCAGCGAGGACGCGUUCAACACCACCUUCAUCUCUACGAUCGGAAUUGACUUCAAAAUCAGGACUAUUGAGUUAAAUGGAAAGAAAAUCAAACUCCAGAUAUGGGACACGGCGGGACAGGAGAGAUUUAGGACCAUCACUACAGCAUACUAUAGAGGAGCAAUGGGCAUUAUGUUGGUCUAUGAUAUCACUAGUGAAAAGUCCUUUGAAAACAUCAAGAACUGGAUUCGUAACAUUGAAGAGCAUGCAUCAUCAGACGUAGAGCGGAUGAUCCUCGGAAACAAAUGUGACAUGAACGACAAGAGACAGGUGUCUAAGGAGAGAGGAGAGAAGUUGGCAAUAGAUUACGGAAUCAAGUUUUUAGAAACCAGUGCAAAAACUAGUGUAAAUGUGGAAGAGGCCUUUUUCACCCUAGCGAGAGACAUUAUGGCCAGACUCAACAGAAAAAUGAAUGAUAGCAGCAAUGCAGAAGGUGGGGCACCAAUCAAGAUCACAGAGAAGCGUUCCAAGAAGCACAGCAUAUUCAGGUGCACACUCGUAUAACGGACUCCAGCGAGUGGAAUGCAUCUAUGGACUUGAUCUCUCUAGCUGCAAAAUCAGCUGGUGUGGAAGGUCGUAUGAGCCUCUACUGAGAGGUGCGCACUCACGUUCUUAAUGAACAGAAAGAGACUCCUGUUCAUACAGACCAACCAGCGAGUUGGCAAGAAAGAUACUGGAGGGGUUCGAAGUACCUAGUUUAUGAAAUGUCUUAUUGUUUCUUUUGGCCUUUUUGUGAUAAUCAUGGCACAUGUUUGGGUUUGACUUUUUUUUUUUUUAUAAUAUCAAAGCUUGAAUUAUUCCUUUUUAUAGAGCCUUUAUUCAUAUUUUAUAAAGCUUUUAUAAGCAUAACAAGUGUUAUACUGUCAUUACACAUUAUUUAUGGGCAGAUGAUUCAAAAAAAUCUAUAGUAUGACUAGCAAGUUGUGUAUAAUUAAAGCGCACCUUUAAAGAUUUUAAUGGAGGUGGAAUUAGAACGGAUCGUGUAUAUUGGAAAAUAUCUCUGGCUUUGUCUCACAGGCACAUAACCAUGUAUAGCACUGACAGAGAUCCUGCACUCCCUGCAGUGUGGAGACUCAAAUAUAGAACAUGACAGCUGAAGAGCAUGAUGGGUAAAAGUAUGCGUGUAUAGUCUGUCUGUGUGUCUGUAAAGCAGCAGCCAAUCAAAACGGAGACAUGAUGUGUGUGUGUGUAUAUAGCACAAGUUAGGACAGGGGUCCCAGCUGUGGUCUUGUCUAAGAGUCCAACACAGCUUGCUGAGAUUCCUGUUGAAAGACACCUAAUUGAACUUAUCAGUGAGUAAACCGGUUUAGUCAGUGUGUCAGUGAAAACUGGGAAAUCACUGAACUGUGCUGGACUUUGGUUCCGCAUGGUAGGAAGGGUAGCAUUAUUUACACGUAUCUCUGGUUAAUUUACCUUUAAAAAGAAAAAAAAACACCUUGUGUGAUUGGCAAAGGUUUGCAUGUUUGAUAUUAACUUCUGAGGAAUGAUUUAAAAUAUCUGUAUAUGAAUGUAUAGGAAAGCCACUAAUGCAUGCUUUUACUGUUGUGUGUAUAAUGUGCUAUUAAUUUUAAACAUUAGCAUUCUUGCUGCUAUGUAUAUUAACAAAAUACCACCUAUACUUAUUGCUGUUUGUUAAAAGCCCAAAGUACUUUUGCUUUAUACCCAUCAUAACCUGUGAUAUCUAUUACUAGUAGGUCUUUGAAGGAAAAUACAAUUAUCAAAUGGACAGUUAUGUGUUGCUCUGUGUGUCUGUGUUUUGAGUGAAUUCAUGUCAGUAUUUAAUGUAUUCUGUACCUAGUAGCAUUUAUUUCACUGGUGCCAACGCUCUUAAUAUAGUUGAAAUGAGGAUGAGUGUCUGCAAAUAGACAAUAUCAAAGUGUUUCAGUUGCACUAAUGUUUCAGAAGAAGGAACAUUUCAAAAUAGUCUGACGGAUUGAGUCAGCAAUAAAAAGUUCUUGCUAAGAUUAUUGUUUCCUCUUUCCAGCCCAAGAACUGAGGACUUGGAAAUGUCUGUCCACGAGUCAGUGUUUUAUUUUCUCAAAAACUGCAGUAGCAGCCCUGCUUCAGCGCUCACCAUAAAAUACAAGCAAAUGUAGCAUAAUUAUUGUAGCCUUGGUGUUCAGAUGGGACCAUUGUGAUCAGUGGCAUCAUAGGCCAUAUAUAUCUACAGUUUGUCUCCUGAGGCUAUUGAUUUGAAUUAUUUUUGUGAUUGUGAACAAUGUACUGCCAUCUAUAAAUUUAGUAAGGAAAUGUUUCUUAAACAGCCUACUCAUCUGCCAAGCAAAAGAUUUGUUUAUAUAUUAAAAAAAAGGAGUGUAACCUCCAAUUUCCAGUGUGAUUUUUUUUUCUAAAAUGAAUUGUGAAACUUUUUGUACCACAUAUAACCAAAGUAAAAUUGCAUAGCAUUA